AUGGCGGUCUUGCUGGAUCAGGCGUGGGUGAAAGUCCAAGCGAAGACCUUUACAAAAUGGCUAAACAACAAGCUCACGGCGCGCAAUGUACAAAUUGAUGAUCUCGUGAAAGACCUGUCCGAUGGCAUCAUCUUAAUCCAUCUCCUUGAAAUCCUGUCGAAUGAGUCCCUCGGCCGGUACGCUGCGCGGCCGAAGCUGCGCGUGCAGCGCUUUGAGAAUGUCAAUAUCGCCCUGGAGUUCAUCAAGAGCCGGAAGAUACAGUUGACAAAUAUUGGCGCCGAAGACAUUGUAGAUGGCAACCGCAAGAUCAUCCUUGGCUUGAUAUGGACGCUCAUCUUACGCUUCACCAUUAGCGACAUCAAUGAUCAAGGCCUAAGCGCAAGGGAGGGCCUACUACUAUGGUGCCAACGGAAGACUGCAUGCUACGAGGACGUCCACAUACAGGACUUCUCGGGCAGUUGGAAUAAUGGGCUGGGCUUUUGCGCGCUCCUGGAUAUACAUCGGCCGGAUCUCAUCGAUUAUGACAAGCUUGACAAGUCCGAUCAUCGUGGUAAUAUGCAGCUUGCAUUCGAUAUCGCAUCGAACGAGAUCGGUAUACCGGACUUGCUCGAUGUGGAGGAUGUGUGUGAUGUCGCAAAGCCAGAUGAGCGCUCACUCAUGACUUACAUUGCAUACUGGUUUCACGCAUUUUCGCAGAUGGAACGAGUAGAGAAUGCUGGUCGAAGAGUCGAGAAGUUUGUAUCGAAUAUGAACGGGGCAUGGGAGAUGCAGAACAACUUCGAGCGGCGCAUGCGAGCUCUGUUAGAGCAGAUUGCGGAGCAAGUGAAGUCAUGGAGCACAGCGCGAUUUGAUGGCACAUACACCGAUGCAAAAGAACAGAGUAAAGAUUUCACGAAGUACAAACAGAAGGAGAAGCGGAAAUGGGUUGCAGAGAAAAGCGAUCUCGCUGGCUUGCUCGGAAACAUCAAGACUAAGUUGAGCACUUACCGCUUGCGGCCAUAUGAACCGCCACCAGAACUACGUCUGGAAGCGUUGGAUCGAGCCUGGGCCGAAUUGGUCGAGGCAGAACAUCAGCGCAGCCAAGUCAUCAACAACACCAUUCGCGAUAUCAAGAACAAUCUCCGACGAACAUUCGCCGACAAAGCUAACGACUUCGCUUUGGCACUGCAGACUAUUAGCAUGAGCAUUUCCGGUUUAGAAGGCGAUGUCGAAGAUCAGCUAGACCAUAGCAACCAGAUCGCACUCAACCUGCCACCGCUGGAUCAAUACCUCGACCUUAUCGCGAGGCUCGACACGCAGUGCCAAGAAGCGAACAUUGAAGAGAACGACUUUACUACCUACACCUAUGAUGAGCUCGCAUAUGAGCUGAGUCUUGUGCGAUCGAGCGUGCAGAAGAAACUGGCCUUCCUCGAAAACCAAAUGGUCGCUCGUAACAUGACGAAUCUAACGCCGAUACAGCUCGAGGAAUUCGAGUCCGUCUUCCGUCACUUUGAUCGCGACCUAUCGAACAGCCUGCAGGAACUUGAGUUCUCCGCCGCUCUCGCCUCUCUCGGCCUGGUCUAUGACGAGCAGGAGAUGCAUGAGCGCUUCGUGGAAGUCGCCGGCCGCGGCGGCAGUGUAAGCUUCGAGCAGUUCAUCCGUUUCAUGGUCGCCGUCACUGAAGAUCAGAACACCGCCGAGCAGGUGUUUGAGAGCUUCAGGGAGGUUGCGGACGGCAAACCGUAUGUCACGGAGCUGGAUCUCACGCACAGCCUCAUACCUGAGGACGUAGUUCAGAUGCUCGUCGAGAGUAUGCCACCACAUCGUGGACCAGACCUGCAAGAGGACAGAGAGGUGCCGAAGUACGACUAUGUGCGGUUCAUGGAGGACUUUGUUGGUUCCGUGCCGCGGAGUAACGGCGUAAGGCAUUAG